AUUCUUUCGAAGGAACUUGACACCUUAAUGGUUUCUGAUUCAACAAGGACUACUUAAUUUGCUACUGUCGUAUCACCAUUGUGACGACAUAUCCAACUUAUCAAUUUCUUUCUCUCUUUUUUUGCCUUUAUUUUUCUAGGUGAUUGGUGUCGUGUCCCAUUAAUACCAACUAUUGUCUCUCCAACAACGUUAAGUUUCAAGAAAUCGUGCCUUCUUUGUUUCUCCAUUCUAAUCAUCUCCUAUUUUCUGUUCAACGUUUCCACCAAAAACAACCGCAAAUGGCCGGAGAGAAAAGUUUCCAGUCACUCAACAAACCUUGUGUUCUGCUCAUAGUGAUUGCUGGGGUGGAGCGGUUUGUGUUCAAAGGCGUGGCGUCAAAUCUUGUAAUUUAUCUGAUCGACGUGAUGAAUAUGAGCAGCUCCUCCGCCGCGAGAACCGUCAACAGCUGGUGUGGUUUUACAUCGAUGUUGCCAUUAUUGGUGGCGCCGCUGGUGGAUUCUUAUUGGAACCGAUACUCCACCAUAUUAGCGUCUUCUUUCCUCUAUCUAGUGGGGCUAUUGGCAUUAACAUCAACAGCAUUAAACAAAUCUAACUCAUCAUCAUCUUCGUCGUCUUCGUCACUGUUUUGGUCACUUUAUCUAAUUUCACUAGGCCAAGGUGGGUACAAUCCUUCUUUGCAGGCGUUCGGCGCCGAUCAAAUUGAUAAAGAAGACGAGCUUCCGACAACCAAAACUGAUACUGAUAAGAGCCCCGACAAGAAAAGCAUGUUCUUUAAAUGGUGGUAUUUCGGAAUCUGCAGUGGUAGUCUUAUUGGCGUGUCAAUCAUGCCGAAUAUACAAGACACUGUGGGUUGGGGUUUAGGGUUUGCCAUGCCCACCAUGGCCAUGGCAGUCUCCAUUGUUAUGUUUUCAUGCGGCAGCCGGUUUUACUCGUAUAGCCAUGACCGGAGCAAUGACGUUAGAUCUUUGGAGACGGUCGUUCAAGCCAUUAAAUGUUCUGUGUCUAAAUUUGUCCAUUCGAAAACAGAAGAAAAAAAACCCGGCCUUGUUGAUCUCGAGCUCGAAGAGAAACCACUCUGUUUAAAAGGAGAAAAUGAAACUGUAUGUUUAGUUGAUGAAAGGUCAAACAACAGUAAUCAUCUGGUCAAAAUCGUAAAAGUGGUCGUCAGUCUACUACCUAUUUGGACCACAUUGCUAAUGUUCGCCGUCAUUUUCCAACAACCAGCAACCUUCUUCAUAAAACAAGGAAUGGCGAUGAAAAGAAACAUCGGAGACAGCUACAAGAUCCCGCCGGCAACCCUCCAAAGCGCCAUAACCAUAUCAAUAAUCCUUCUUAUGCCAUUCUAUGACAACAUCUUCAUCCCCUUGACUAAAUUAAUCUUGCGUAACGAGAACGGAAUCACGACAAUGCAAAGAAUCGCCAUCGGAAUGUUCCUUUCCGUUAUCGCAAUGAUAUUCGCAGCCACUGUCGAAAUGAAGAGACUUCAGACGUCGACGGAAUCGGAAUUGGAGACUCUGAGUAUAUUUUGGUUGUUACCGCAGUACAUAUUGUUGGGUAUAUCGGACAUUUUCACGGUGGUCGGAAUGCAGGAGUUUUUUUACAGUGCGGUGCCGGAGGGGAUGAAGACGAUGGGGAUAGCUCUGUAUACAAGUGUGUUUGGGGUGGGGAGCUUUUUGAGUGCAUUAUUGGUGUAUUUGGUGGAGUAUUUUACGAGCUCUGAAGGUGGGAAAGGUAACUGGUUUUCAGAUGAUAUGAGGGAAGCAAGGCUUGACAAAUAUUACUGGUUGUUGGCAGUUACAAGUGCUUUAAGCUUGGUGAUUUUUGUGUUGCUCUGCACCCUUCAAAAGGCAAAAUCAUGAUUGAUGGAAACAUAAUAUCACAAAGAUCAUAGUUUUAACUUUUACUCUCUUUUUACAUGAAGAAAAAAAAAACACCUUAAACGUUAACCAAGUAAUCAAGUGUUUUGGGUUGCGUUUAACUUUUAUAUGUACAUACUUUUGUUUUGUUUGUUUUUGGAUUUUGACGUAGAUACAUAGAGAUCUUCCCAAAAAUAAAACGUUUGUUUUAGUGUGUGUUAUGGGUGA